AUGCUGCUCCCUUCCAACCAAGCCCUCGCCUUCCUGGCUCACAGCUACGACUACCUCAUCCUCGGCGGUGGAACAGCCGGGCUCACAGUCGCUACCCGUCUCGCCCUCUCCUCUCCCUCCCUCAAGAUCGGAGUUCUUGAAGCCGGCCACUCGCAGCUCGACAACCCCCUCGUGUCAGUCCCGGGCUAUUAUGGCUUUGGCUUGGGCACCGAACUCGACUACAACUUCACGACCACCCCGCAGACGCACGUCAACAACCGCAAAAUCGGCAUGGCGCGCGGCAAGAUGCUCGGCGGCUCGUCCGGGCUGAACUACAUGAACUGGAACCUCGCCUCGGCAGAGGAGUACGAUUCGUGGGGCCACGGCUGGGGUUGGGGUGUCAUCUCGAAGGCUGUGAGGGCUAUUGAGGGAUACUAUCCGCCGGAAUUGGAGGCGCAAUUCGAGUUGCUGCCGAAACCGCCGGUGGUGGAGGGAGUGCAUGGGACGAAGGGUCCGGUGCAAGCGGGAUGGGCCAAGUGGUUCCCGAAGCCCACCGGGAUGUUGCUGAAGUCCCUGCAGAGCUUUGGGAUCGGGAUUAAUCCCGAUGCUAUGAGCGGAGAUAACCUGGGCGGGUAUUAUUCACUCGGCUCGGUGACUAAGGAUGGGGAGAGGAGUUAUUCUGCGUCCGCGUAUCUCGCGCCGAAUAUUGACAGGGAGAAUUUGAUCGUGCUCACCGGGGCCACAGUGGCGAAGGUAUUGCUGAAGAACAAAGUGGCGGUGGGUGUGGAGUUUGUCGACGAAGCGGGAACUACGCAUCAGGCCUUCCUGAAGAAGGGUGGGAAGAGUGAAGUGAUCCUGUCUGCUGGAUCCCUUCAGAGCCCGCAGAUUCUGGAGCUCUCGGGGAUCGGGAAGAAGAGUGUUCUGGAAGCUGCAGGAGUGCUUGCAAUAGUCCAGAACGAUCAAGUCGGAGAGAAUUUGCAGGAUCAUAUUUUCUCACCUAUAACAUGGGAAUUCACGGCCGACAACACGCCUACGAGAGACCUUCUCAGAACCUCUCCCGCGUUCCUUGCCGCCGCACAGGAAGAAUACAACGUCAAUCGCAGCGGAAUCCUAACAGGUACAACCAUGACUUUUGCCAUGCUCCCACUCGAUACCUUCCUUGCGCCCGGGGAACUAGCAACCAUCACCUCGCAAGCCCUCACCACAAACUCCACCAUCGAUCUAUAUGACACCUUUGUCCUCCCGCGGAACAACAGCGAGAGCAAGGUCGCCCAAAUAGAGUACAUUUUCGCCCCAUUCAAGAGCAGCUCCCCAGCGCCAUCCCCGGGGAAGACGUAUUUCACCAUUCUUAUUGCACUGAUGCACCCUCUCUCCCGAGGGAGCGUUCACAUCUCGUCCGCCUCAGCCUUUUCCCCGCCAGUAAUCGAUCCUCGCUUCUUCAGCGAGCUCGUCGACCGCGAAGUCCUGCUCGCGGGCGUCCGGUUCGCAGCCAAAGUCGCCGCGGCAGAACCACUCAAGAGCCAACUCCUCGGCCGCACCGAUGAAGUCCCAGACGAUCAGCUUUGGGAGGCGAUUAAAACCUCCGCCGAGACCGUGAAGCACCCUGUCGGCACGUGUGCUAUUGGUACCGUUGUGGAUGGAAAAUUGAGGGUCAAGGGCGUCAAGGGGCUGAGAGUCGUGGAUGCUAGUGUUAUCCCCCUACAGUUGUCAACCCAUACGCAGGUGACGGUUUAUGCGAUUGCGGAGCACGCGGUGAAGAUUAUUUUAGGCGCGAGGUAG